AUGGCUCCAGAAGUGCUAGUUAUCAAGGAGUCAUUUACUAGUCCAUUGUAUUCAGUGAUUUCUCCAGAUGGUUUGGGCGAUCAGGGGCUAGUAGGUCAUCCAGGACAACAGUUCAUCCAUUCAACCACACCAGUAAAGAAUCAUGCUUGUACAUACUGUCAGAAAACGUUCAAUUGCCGGCACAAGUUAGAAGCCCACAUGAGGACACAUACUGGAGAGAAGCCAUUUGCCUGUCACUUCUGUUCGUACCGCAGUGCACAGAAAGGUAAUCUACAGCUACACAUCAGGACUCAUACAGGGGAGGAGCCCUUUGCCUGUGUCCAUUGCCCAUACCGAACAAAAAACCAGAGCAACCUCAAUACCCACCUUCGGAAUAAGCACCAAAAUGUUAAAAAUCAGAUGUUAGGGUUUAGAGAGUAG